AUGGCUAAGUUUGUGAAGUCGGGAGAGUUUAAGAAGCUUAAUGUUGGGUUCGUGCUGGAUGAGGGACAGGCCUCCCCUGGGGAUGAGUACAGAGUGUUCUAUGCCGAAAGAUCGCCCUGGCAGGUCGUGAUUAAGGCGGUGGGAAUCCCGGGGCACGGGUCAAGAAUGUAUGAUAAUAGUGCUAUGGAGAACUUGAUGAAGAGCAUUGUGGUGAUUAAUAAGUUCAGGGAUGCUGAAUUUGACAAGGUGAAAGCUGGUGUGGCUAUGUACUCUGAGGUUAUCUCUGCAAAUCCAGUGUUUCUGAAUUCUGGAAUUCCGUCCCCUACCGGAUAUGUGAUGAAUAUGCAACCGUCAGAGGCAGAGGCAGGAUUCGAUAUGAGGAUUCCGUCAACUACUGACCCUGACGCCCUGAGGCGAAGGAUUGCGGAGGAAUGGGCGCCUGCUUGGAGGAACAUGACGUUUCAGAUUAGCGAGAAAGGACCUCUAAGGGACUUCCAAGGCCGGCCGUUAGUGACUCACACUAAUGAUUCAAACCCAUGGUGGUCUGUUUUCAAGGAUGCUGUGACUGCAGCCGGUGGUAAACUCGCGAAGCCGGAGAUUCUGGCUUCAACUACCGAUGCUCGAUUCAUGAGACAGCUUGGGAUUCCUACAAUUGGCUUCUCCCCUAUGAAGAAUACUCCCAUAUUGCCCCAUGACCACAAUGAGUUUCUGAAGGAUAGUGUGUUCUUGGAGGGAAUCGCAGUCUAUAAAUCCAUCAUCACAUCAUUGACUUCUUUUUCAGGUUAA